AUGGUUUGCAUUGUAAACUUGCGUUUUUUAUAUAGAUUACGUGAAGAGACUAUAGAUUUAUGCUUCAAGAUAUGUGAAAGUGGAAAUUUUUGUGACAGAAAGAAUGCCUACACCCAGUUCCAUCCUUCUUCAUUCCUACUGCUGGGUAUCCCAGGGCUAGAAGAUGUGCACAUAUGGAUUGGAGUCCUUUUCUUUGUGUAUCUUGUUGCACUCCUGAGAAAUGCUGCUAUCUUGUUUGUGAUCCAGACUGAGCAGAGUCUCCAUGGGCCUAUGUACUACUUCCUGGCCAUGCUGGAUUCCAUUGACCUGGGCUUGUCUACAGCCACCAUCCCCAAAAUGCUGGGCAUCUUCUGGUUUAAUAUAAAGGAAAUAUCUUUUGGAGGCUGCCUUUCUCAGAUGUUCUUCGUCCAUUUCUUCACUGUCAUGGAGAGCAUCGUGUUGGUGGCCCUGGCCUUUGACUGCUACAUUGCCAUUUGCAAACCUCUUCGGUACACCAUGAUCCUCACUAGCAAAAUCAUCAGCCUCAUUGCAGGCAUUGCUGUCCUGAGGAGCUUGUACAUGGUCGUUCCACUGGUGUUUCUCCUCUUAAGGUUGCCCUUCUGUGGACAUUGUAUCAUUCCUCAUACUUACUGUGAGCACAUGGACAUUGCUCGUCUGGCCUGUGCCAGCAUCAAAGUCAACAUUAUGUUUGGUCUUGGCAGCAUUUCUCUCUUGUUAUUGGAUGUGUUCCUUGUUAUUCUCUCCUAUGUCAGGAUCCUCUAUGCUGUCUUCUGCCUGCCCUCCUGGGAAGCUGGACUUAAAGCUUUCAAAACUUGUGGCUCUCACAUUGGUGUUAUCUUAGCCUUUUUUACAGCAGCAUUUUUCUCUUUCUUUACACACCGUUUUGGCCAUGAUAUUCCCUAAUAUAUCCACAUUUUCUUAGCUAAUCUAUACGUGGUUGUUCCUCCUGCCCUCAAUCCUUUAAUCUAUGGGGUCAGAAGCAAACAUAUUAGGGAGAGAGUGCUGAGGAUUUUCUUCAAGACAGAUCACUAA